AGAGGGCUGAAAUGCGAUAACUCCAUAAUAAAGGGGUUACUUUUAUGGACUUGGGAGAGAGAACUUAUUCCGAGUAUAAAUGUUGCAUUUGAAGUAGCGACUUGGGAUGAUAUAGGCAAGGCGCUGUGGGACACUAUUAGCGCCGGGGGAGAUAAGACAAAGGAGGCAAGCAAAUAUGCAACGCACUGGAAGGUAGUUCGAGAUGUGCUGCAGGCAAUGAGGGUGGAACGGCAAACAGCCGCUGCUGUCUGCAUGGCGGUGAUCCCUUCUGAUGCCUCCAUGUCAGCUGCGUCAGCCUAUCCCGCUGCAGUUAGAGGGACAUUUUCUACGCAGCUGUCUCUACCCCCCCGAGCAUCCAUUUCUGCUAGUGCUGAGACGUCUGUACAGACACAGCCUUUGCCUAUACCCAGCCAGGUCGCUGGUGCCGAAAGUAUCCCCCUGCCUGUUACUCCACGAGAAACGGGGGAAUUAGGGGCGGCCGCUUGUCGCCCGAUCGACUCGGAGGUGACAGACUUGGAGGUGGUGAACCAGUUACAAGAACUGACAGUACGAUCAAAAGAACCAGAAGUGAGGAGAUGUUCAUCCUCCCAGCCGGAAGGGCCCUCUAGAAAGGGUGAGCCGAGAAGGCAAGAGAGCGAAGAUUUUGGCCGUAUGCUGGUCUCACUGUCCUUACCACCACCGCACUUUAAUCCAUCCCGCCUCUCGGAGCCGAAGAUGGUGGAACCAUCCGCGCCCGCGAUAGAUGCGGAGCCGCCUGCAACAGCCGCUGCAGACGAGAGAGAGAGGCAUUGGAGGGGAGUAAUAAAAAACGCCCUUGUGGAAGGGACUAUGAUUCAAGCAUUCCCAGUUGUUAUACAGAAUAACGGACUGAAAAGAUGGGAGGCGUUUGACUGGAAAGUCCUUGAGAAAUUAAAGACCACUGUGAGUCAAUAUUGAAUCAAAUCUACGUUAGCCCAACAAUUGCUACAAUUCAUCUUUUCUGCUGAUACGCUGAUCCCUCAAGAUAUUAUGCAAAUAGUACGGUUGGUUUUGGAACCCUCACAAAUGUUAGUAUUUUUGCGACAUUGGGAAGCGCUCUGUGAUCGGGAACAGGCAACUCCACGACAGCCAACAGAUCCCUUAUGGGGAGUAACCACGCAGAUGUUGAUGGGUACUGGACCCUUCGCGGCAGGGAACGCCCAGGUGCAAUGUAUCACCGAGGUUCAUCAUCUAUCACAGAAUUUGGCGUAUCAAGCCCUUAUUACCUUACCAGACAAGAUGCGAACCCAUGUUUUUACUCAGGUGAAACAAGGGCCUAAUGAACCUUUCGCACAAUUUAUUGAUAGACUGCAUAAGGCAAUUUUUGAUCAUCCUGACAUGGACGACGCCAUGAAAGAGA